UCUGCAUUGCUCUGAUUUUGAGUUUUAGGUUAAAACAAUAAUUUUAAAUUUUUCUAGGAUUUUAAAAAUAAAUAAAAGCGUAAUGAAUAGAUUAUAUAUAUUUUCGAGGACAGCUUCUGGUUUAAAGAAUAAAUUUAUGUUCCCCCCAGUAUGUAUAAAAGAUAUUUAUUGUGAGAAGAGUACAAAGAAUAAUAUUACUAGCAGUGACAGCAGUUCUAGCAGUAGUGACAGUAGCAGCGAAUUGGAUGUUAAAACUGAGAAAAUUGCCAUAUCUUCAUCUAAAGCAAACCGCGAAGAAGCAACGAAUAAAUUAAAAAACUUACUGAAAAAAAUAGUGGAGGAAGAUGUUGUGAGGGUGGAAAAGAAGUUAGAUUUAGCACGACCUACAAAUAAACGUGCCCAAAAAAAGUCUGGGACGGAAUCGGUUAAAGUGGAUACUAUAGAGAAACAAAUGGUAAAUGCUGCGAAAAAUGUAGCCAAGGACAUCGGUGGAGAUAUUAAACAAACAGAAUCUGAUCUGCUUUCAAAAUUAUUAGGUCCUGCUGAAAAUUCUACACUCUCUUCAACAAAUUUGAGCGAUAUUGUCAAAGGUAUGAAAAUUGAUAGGGACUCAAAACCAGCUGAGCAAUCUCGUGCCGAACAGGUCAGAAAUUUGUUGAAAAAAAUAAAAUCGAAGCCAGAAAGUGAUCCGCAAGAAAAAAGGAGGCAAAGGAAGUUUGUGCAUCAGCGACAGCGACCUGAAACGGUAGUGCAUAAAAUCGAUUUGUUUGGCAGUGAUCCGUUGGGAAUUUUUACCAACAAAGAAUUAAAAGAAAGUCCGGAGAACAAGACAUGGCAAUCCUUGUACCAACGGGACUUAAAAUUAGCGGUUACUCAUCCACCUGCCAAUUAUUUUCAGCAGAUGAUACUGUGGACAGAACAAGGAAAACUCUGGAAAUUUCCUAUAGACAAUGAACAAGGAUUGGAUGAAGAGAAGAAAGUGUACUUUACCGAACAUAUAUUCUUAGAAGAACAUUUAGAACCGUGGUGCCCUGCUAAAGGACCCAUAAGACAUUUUAUGGAAUUAGUCUGUGUGGGGCUAUCGAAAAAUCCUUACCUCACCGUGGAAGCUAAAAAAGAACACAUCCUGUGGUACAAGAAUUAUUUCGAGGAUAAAAAGAAACUCCUUCAAGAUGUAGGUGCACUUCUUCCACAAAAAGAGCCACAGAAAUCGAUUGAAUAAUACUUUAUAUUAUUAUUGUAAUUAAUAAAAAAAUUAGAUAAUAAAUGCUAGUGAUCUGUGAAA